CGUUCCCUCGCGCAGCCGUCGUCAACACAACAGAGGAAGUGGCCACAAGCUAAAGCUAGCUUAACGGAAAACUGAAGUGCCGGAGUCAAUACGCCGUUUAUUACCGGUCGCAGUGGGUUAACCAACGUUAUUACUCGUUAUCGAUAAAGUAACUCACUGGCUUCACUCGGUUUCCUGUUGACAUGGAGUGAGGGCGGGGGGAGGGUGGGGGGAGACAAUGUUUAGGGGCAGUAGCCGUGGCUCGCUAACUUCCGAGCUAGCAAGCUAGCUGAUCAGCUGUUUGUUUUGGUCGGGGUGGUAGUUUCGCUAACACGGCAAACUGCAUUUGAUCGCAGCAGCAGCAGCAGCAGCAGCAGCGCAGCGACGCCGGAGGUUUACCACACCCGAGUUCCAUCGUUGCCUGUCGAAACACCGAGCUGCUGCCGUCGGUUAAUGCGACGCACACAGGCGCACCGCCCUAACAUCAUCCAUCAGCGCCCCGUCAGGUCAGCUGUUGUCCCGUGUGCGGUUGAUCCAUCACCGCACAGCUGUGUAAUCUGCAUCGGCAACAUCGCUCUAAGAUGCAUGACGCAUAUGAAUCGGUGCCUAUUUUGGAAAAGCUUCCCCUUCAGAUUGACUGUCUUGCGGCCUGGGAGGACUGGCUGCUUGUUGGAACCAAACCAGGGCAUCUGCUUCUCUACCGAAUAAAAAAAGAUGCAGGUACCAAUCGGUUUGAGGUCACACUGGAAAAAUCCAACAAGAACUUCUCCAAGAAGAUUCAGCAGCUUUACGUUGUCUCACAGUACAAAAUCCUUGUCAGUCUUCUGGAGAACAACAUCCACGUCCACGACCUCCUGACAUUCCAGCAGAUCACUGUGGUGUCCAAAGCCAAAGGAGCCACGCUCUUUGCAUGUGACCUGCAGCGAACCAUCUCAGGGGAGGAAAGGCUGAGGAUGUGUGUCGCGGUGAAGAAGAAGCUCCAGAUGUAUUACUGGAAGGACAGAGAUUUCCACGAGCUGCAGGGGGACUUCGGUGCACCAGAUAUUCCAAAGUCCAUGGCAUGGUGCGAAAACUCCAUAUGUGUCGGUUUCAAGCGAGACUAUUACCUUAUUCGGAUGGACGGCCGCGGUUCCAUCAAGGAGCUCUUCCCCACCGGGAAACAGUUGGAGCCGCUGGUCGCGCCGCUGGCUGAUGGGAAGGUGGCGGUGGGGCAGGACGACCUGACUGUGGUCCUGAACGAAGAGGGCGUCUGCACCCAGAAGUGCGCCCUGAACUGGACAGACAUCCCCAUAGCGAUGGAGCACCAGCCCCCGUACAUCAUCGCUGUUCUCCCUCGGUACGUGGAGAUCCGGACCUUUGAGCCGAGGCUGCUGGUGCAGAGCGUGGAGCUGCAGAGACCUCGCUUCAUCACCUCAGCGGGGCAGAAUAUCGUGUACGUCGCCAGCAACCACUUUGUGUGGCGCCUGGUGCCCGUGUCGAUAGCCACCCAGAUCCGGCAGCUUCUCGAGGACAAACAGUUUGAGCUGGCUCUGCAGCUGGCGAUGAAGGAUGAUUCCGAUGGUGAUAAGAAGCAGCAGAUUCACCACAUCCAGAAUCUCUACGCCUUCAAUCUGUUUUGCCAGAAGAGAUUUGACGACUCCAUGCAGGUGUUUGCCAAACUCGGCACAGAUCCCACCCAUGUGAUUGGACUGUACCCAGACCUGCUGCCGUCAGAUUACCGCAAACAGCUCCACUAUCCCAACCCCCUGCCCACCCUGUCCGGGGCGGAGCUGGAGAAGGCUCAUCUUGCUCUUAUUGAUUACCUCACCCAGAAACGCAGCCACCUGGUGAAACAGCUGAAUGACUCCGACCCCUCCACGACAUCUCCCCUCAUGGAGGGCACGCCGACUAUUAAAAGCCGCAAAAAACUCCUGCAGAUCAUUGACACCACCCUCCUGAAAUGUUACCUGCACACCAACGUGGCCCUGGUGUCGCCCCUCCUUCGUCUGGAGAACAACCACUGCCACAUCGAGGAGAGCGAGUACGUGCUGAAGAAGGCUCACAAGUACAGCGAGCUCAUCAUUCUCUACGAGAAGAAGGGCCUGCACCGGAAAGCCCUGCAGGUGCUGCUGGACCAGUCCACCAAGGCCAACUCUCCGCUGAAGGGCCACGAGCGAACCGUGGAGUACCUCCAGAGACUGGGCGUGGAGAAUCUGGGCUUCAUCAUUGAGUUUUCCCCCUGGGUGCUGAAGAUCUGUCCUGAGGACGGCCUGAGGAUUUUCACCGAGGACCUGACGGAGGUGGAGACUUUGCCUCGGGACAAGGUGCUGAACUUCCUGAAGGAGGGCUUCAUGGAGCUCGCCAUCCCGUACCUGGAGCACAUCGUCUACGUGUGGGACGAGAAGGGGCCGGAGUUUCACAACGUGCUGAUCCAGCUCUACCUGGAGCGGGUUCAAGUCCUCAUGAAGGAGUACCUCAACUCGCUGCCAGAAGGGGUUCCAGCUGUUGCUGCAGGAAAGGAGAAAGGCAGCCUGGGGGAGUACAGGAACAAGCUGCUGUCGUUCCUGGACAUUUCAACCAGCUACGAACCAGCCAGACUCAUCAGUGACUUUCCCUUCGAUGGCCUGCUGGAGGAGCGUGCGCUGCUUCUGGGUCGGAUGGGGAAACACGAGCAGGCGCUCUUCAUCUACGUUCACAUCCUGAAGGACACACACAUGGCUGAAGAAUACUGUCACCGACACUACAACAGUUCAGUCGAAGGAAAGAAAGAUGUUUAUCUGUCCCUGCUGCGGAUGUACCUGUCUCCACCUGACGUCCACUGUCUGGGGCCCAUUAAGAUGGAGCUGUCGGGGCCUCAGGCGAACCUCCGCGCUGCCCUGCAGGUCCUGGAGCUGCACCACAGCAAGCUCAACACCACCAAGGCCAUCAAUCUGCUCCCGGCAAACACUCAGAUCCGAGAGAUCCGGGUGUUCCUGGAGAGCGUCCUGGAGGAGAAGGCUCAGAAGAAACGCUGCAACCAGGUGCUGAAGAGUCUCCUGCAGGCCGAGUUCCUCAGGGUGCAGGAGGAGCGAAUCUUCCACCAGCAGGUGAAAUGUGUCAUCACGGAGGAGAAGACCUGCAGAGUUUGCAAAAAGAAAAUAGGGAACAGCGCGUUCGCCCGGUAUCCCAACGGCGUGGUGGUUCAUUACUUCUGCUGCAAAGACCGCAACGCGUGUCCCACCGAGCAGUGACGGCUCCUCGCUCAGGACGGUUCACUCAAUCGGUAGCUCCCUCCCUCGUGGGGCUUCGGGCGGCUCGGGACAUCCACGACGCCAAGCACAUCAGAGUGUCUCUGAAUCCUAAGAGUCCGGACAUUUUCUUUUCUUUUUUUUUUUUUAAAACCCGAGUUCACCCCCACCGGGACACUUUGUUGUCGCCACGCUCGACGAGCUCCGUCUGAAAAGCGAAAGCUGCGACUUUUCUGACUCCCUGUGCGUGAAGUAAAAGGAGGAACGCCCGGGGGGUCACUCGGCAGGAGCGGAGGAAUGACGAGACCCUGACGUUUGUUCACCGUAAUGCUAGAAGGGAUUUUGCUGCGCUGCAUGUUGCCUUGGAAGAAAAAGAAAAUGGGCGCUAUUGACAGAUCUGUAGAAGAAGAGGUGGUGUACUUCUCCUCAGCAGGAGAUGACCACGAGCCUCGGUCGGUAGUUGUCUUCUUUUUCCUCUCUCACUGUCGCUCUCCACUCCUCAAACACUUGCUUCAUACGCCAUAACGACUGUUCAACGCCUUGUGUGACUGAAGAUUGUACCAAACAAUGAAGUCAGAUUAUUCUUUUCUUUGCAUGUGCUGGUGCAGACGAAGCAAAGUCACGUUCGUCCUAGUGUGUUUGGCGACUUCGCUGACUAAUAUUCACAGCUGCGUUCGUUUCUUUAUUUACCGUCCGUAGAACUUGUGAAUGAUUUCUACCAGACAACCUCCACGCUUUUUACGUCGUCAUCUAUCCGGCUGUAUUAAAAGAAUGUUUUAUUCCCCAGUCACCUCAGAAGUUUACGAGGUAACACUUACUUCUUCUUUUUUUACAGUGAGACUAUGUAGCUUUUCAGCAGCACCCCAGGUGGCCACAAGUUGUAACUACAAGAUGAUCACAGAGUUUCGUGUAAUUUCACAUUAUUUCGUUCGGGUUAGUGACGAGCUGCGAUGAUCAGAUGGAUUAAUUAAAUUAAUUUAAAAGCUUCCAGCGCCAUAAAUGUGAAGAUCUGCUACUUUUUCUUUGUCGUAUAAUAGAAUAAAUUGAAAGGUUUUGGACCGUUUGAUUGGACAAAACCAGAUUUUUUUUCUUUUUCCCUUAAACAUUUUAUUUAACGGUUCAUAAACAUUUAGCAGCAGCUCUAUCAAUGAUAAUCAAUAUGUCUGCUGCCUGUGAUGAGAUGAAACCAGUGUUUCAUAAGCACAAGUCAUAAAGUGAGAAAACUUAGCAUUAGCUCAAAUUAGCCACCGCGAGCAGCCGGUGUGAGCACUGAACAGAGAAAUUGUUCCCAUCUUCUUCUUUUUUUUGCAAAAGGAAGACAAUGUUACGAAGGCUGUCUUUGUGACGGAUCACAAAAGUAUACAGCACUUUAAAAGUGGAUGGAUGUUUUCUUUUAUUUUUUAUUUAUUACCAAAUCACAUAUGAUAAGAACUGGAAAGUAAUUGUGAACGAGUUGAGGUGCGAUCGAUCCGUGUGCAUUUUAAUUUUAAAUGGCAAUAUUGUAAUAAAAAGGUCCGUUUGCCGUCCGCAUGGGAGGUAACUCAAGAAGCAGGACUCCACGGUUUAUUAGAAAAGAUGCAAGUUAUGAAUGUGAUGUGAUGCUCUUACGAUGAGUAGAGGUACGGCAGUGUGUGAGUGUGACAGUUAACCACUAAAGCCCACGUCUGACUAGGUGGAGAAUCUUUGCAAAAGUUAUUUUUAAAGUUGUUGUGCGUCUCCCACUCUCUCUCUUAAAGUUUUGCACACAUUCUCUGCGAAGACUGUUUCAGAUUUUUGUUUUGUUUAUGAAUGCUAAAAGUUCUACCACCCUGCGCGCGCGUGUGUGUGUGUGUGUGUAUGUAUACUGUCUAUACUGUCUAAAAGACACAAGGAGAGUUAAUGACCAUUUUUCUCAUUAAAGGUUAUUUGACUCGG